UCAUAUAUUGUACCAGCAGAGGGAGGGACUCCCCUGCCCACACUGCGCGCUGUGGGGCUUGUUUAAAAGCGAAGGGAGGCGCAGAGCAGAUGGGAUUUAGCGUCUGUCGCACGAACAGGGAGACACGGGUAGGGAAGUGAUAUCCAGUGAGGUGCUGGGCACAGAGCUGGGCACAAGGGGCAUAAGCACAGGAACAACUGACUGCCACAACCAGUGACACCGACACGGGCAGCUACAGAAUCUACUAUGACGUUAAACAAGAAAGAAAAAUUGGGAGGGUUGCAGCAGCACCGGGGGAGUCUCCCCCUUUCCUCAGGACCUCGCAGACGGGGCAGUAUGCCCUUGCCUUACAAGCACCAGCUGAGACGCACACAAGCAGUAGAUGAGCUGGACUGGCCAAGUGUCCAUUCUGGGUCAUCAGACUCCAUCAGGUCGUCAGAAAGUAGCCCAGACACUGGGGUCUACAAAGUAAUGCUUCUGGGCGACAGUGGGGUGGGAAAAUCAACCCUUGCUGGCAUAUUUGGUGGAGUGGAGGACACUUUUCCCCAUGGAUCAGAACAUCCAGAGGACACUUAUGAAAGGAAUUUGCUUGUGGACGGAGAGAAGACUACAUUAAUUGUUUAUGACAUAUGGGAAGAGGCUGGUUCACAGAGUUGGAUGCAGGACAGUUGUCUUCAGAUGGGGGAUGCAUUCCUUCUCAUCUUCUCAGUGACAGAUCGUAGCACUUUCCAGCGCCUUCCUAGUCUCCUUCUCCAAUUGCGCACAGCUCGUCCUCAUCGCCACAUUCCCAUCAUCCUUGUUGGCAAUAAAGGUGACCUGGUCCGCUCAAGAGAGGUCAACAUGGAAGAGGGCCGCUCUUUGGCUGGUAUGUUGAACUGCAAAUACACAGAGAUAUCAGCUGCACUACACCACAACACCCACGAGUUGCUUGAAGGGGUGGUAAGACAGAUCCGCCUGCGGAAGGACGAAGGAGAACACAGUUUGCAGACCCCCAUCCUGCUGACUCCGGGCCGCAGAGAGAGUCUGACCAAAAGAGCACGCCGCCUUCUGCAGGGCUUGAUGGGAAAGCACCGUGGCUUCUUCAAGCAAAGAUCGAAGUCUUGUCAUGACCUUUCGGUACUGUGAAAAACUGACUGGCCACAUGCACAAUUGAAGCAACAUAGUGAUCAUGUGAAAAAAAAAAAGAAUCGUGUUACGCCAAAGAAGGUGCUGACUGAUAGGACUUCAUGCUGAGACUCUGACUAACCCCAUCAGUCAUGGUAGCUACAGACAGAUCAUCUGUGACCAAAUGGCAUUGCUUUGGUAGGCACAGGGGGUUAGAUGUGUGUUAGAGUCAGUAAAUGUAAUGAGCCCGCUCAUUCCAGAAAGGGUUACUGGCUGUCAGCAUCAGUGUUUUGAACCAUGUAACAUCAAUCACUGGCCUCUCAGCAACCAUGUUAAUACUAUACUUUAAGUACUUCAGACUGUCAUUGCACAUUUUCUAGAUCUCAUUUAUACAGAAUGUUGUUAUAGUGCUGAACACAUCACAUCUUAUACAGACCCUUCAAUUAAGUUUUGUGUCAGUAUUGCAAGGUAAUUUUGUGUGGCAACAACUGGGCAGCAGUGCUAACAUGUAACUCAUGGCAAAUGUGCCACAUUCUUUUAGAACCCUAGGUAAUGGGGGUGACCACUGUGGCCCUUGCAUGUGGAGGGUUUGGGCAAGCAGGCUGCUGCAGGUUGUUUUGAAGAAGAGAAAUAUUAUGACAACAAAAGGAAUAAACUAGUUUUUUUGUAA